AUGUCUGCAGGCCCAAGCGAGGAAGUCGGUAUGGAGGUCGAGCUGACGGGCAGCGCGCUGGCGGUGGAUCAGCUGGUGGCGGUGGCUGGUGAUGUGGAGGGGACGAUCAAGGCGAGUAAGAGCGCGAUGUCAAGUGUGGCGGAUUCGCGCAAGACCAUGGAGAAGCUGCUGAAGAAGAAGGAGGCGGUGGUGGCCGAUGUCAACUCGGGCUGCGGCGGGGCGUCGGCGGUCGGUGAGGUCAUUGGCAAGAAGGAGAUCAACAUGGCGACGACCAACUGGUUCAAGUCGAUGGUGGAGGAGGCGUACGCCGAGCUUCCGGAGGAUGCGGGUGCCGAGGCGUACGCGUCGCCGCAGGCUGCGCGGAUGAUGGUUGUGCUCAAGAUCAACGCCAUGCUGAGCGGCGGGACCGGGGUGCGCAAGUCGCUGGUGCAGGCGGCGAUCAAGGUGUUCAACGCCGGCAUUGUGCCUGCGGUGCCGCUGAGUGGGAGCGAGGCCGGGCGGACGGCGGCGGCGAUGGCGCCGCUGGUGGGCGCCGGGCGGGUGCUUGUGCGCGGCGAACCUGUGACGGCGACGCCGGAGCUGUUCAAGGCUGCAGGAUGCAAGCCAGUCUCGCUGGCGGCCAAGGAGGCACUUGCGCUGACGAGCGGGACGGCGCCGACGACGGCGUACGCGGUGCUUGCGGCGACGAAGCUCGCGGUGCUAGUCGGGCAGUCUGCAGUGGUGUCGACGGUGUCGUGGGCGGUGCUUGGCGGGCCGAUCCAGCCGUUUGACGAGCUUGUCCACAUGGGCCGGCCGCACAAGGGCCAGCGGCAGAUUGCGGACGUGCUGCGGACAUUUGCGCUGCCGGAGAUGUGGCACUCGGAGGCAUACGCGGCGGCGCGUGCGGCGCGGAGCGACGCGGCCGACGCGGCCGGCGGAAGCCCGGCAGCGUGCCUGGCGGAGAUUCCGCAGGUGUACGGCGCGGUGGCCGAUGCUGCCAAGGCUGCGAUGAAGACGCUGGGCGUGGAGAUCAACGCGUGCGGCGACUCGCCGAUGAUGCUGGAGAGUGGGUCGCUGGCGGUGACUGGCAACUCGAAUAAGGCGUACCCCGCACUGGCGGCGCAGAGCCUGGUGGCAGCGGCGAGCGAGCUUGUGGCGAGCAUUGUGGCGCGGGCGGGCGCGGUCGGCGCGGACGCAGACGACCUGGCGCAGCUCGAGACGUCGGCGGCUGCGACGAAACUGAAGGAGCGGAUUCGGUCGCUCAAGAUAGCCCUGCAGGGCGCUUAUGACGAUUACCUCGAGGUCAAGCGCGCCCUGGGCGAGGAGGUGAGCGUGGAGCAAGAGGUCGGCGCACGACGGGCAAAGGCAACGGCGCAAAAGGCCGAGAUCAAGUCCAAGCUCGAGUCGAUGAUGGCCCACGAGAAGGAGACAGGCGUGGCCGCCACACCGCGCGGGACGCGACUUUCGGAUCUACAGUCGCGCUACCGUGCCCUGCGCGUACAGUCGACCCAGCUCAAGCUCGAGGAGGCUCGGCUGCUCUCGUCGUCCACCGGUGACGACGACGGGCGAUCGCGUGGUGCGGCGGGAAAGAGCCCGAUGGCGGAGGGCGAUGCCAAGGAUCGAAGUCGUGGACGGCCAGACUCGCUGGCGGCGCUGGCGGCGCGGCUCAACUCGUCGGCCUCGUUCGGCUCGAACAGGCAGUUCUCGCACUCGCUCAUGGAGGUGGCCAUCGACGACGACUCGUCGACCGCCAACGAGUGGGACAUUUCGGUCUUUUGGCCCGAUGCGUACACCGACUCGCGCGCAAGACUCGCCGUUCUUGCCAUGGAGACCAAGCUGCUGGUGUGGCGGCUGACGCUGCCGGGCGUCGCCGCCUCGGAGCUCCGUACUGUCGUCCUUCUCACCCACUCCAACUACAUUUCAACCAGUUCACUCAUCGAUCUCCUCGUGUCCCGCUUCAGCUGCGCCAUGCCUAUCUCUGCCACCCAACACGAGGUCUCUCGUUUCACCGCCACCAUCCGUCCAGCCAUCCAGACCAAGGUCCUCGACGUCAUCGCCACCUGGAUCACCAACCACUACUGCGACUUUGCCGGCCCUGACCGCGCGCACGAGCUCUCUGCCCUUACCACCGCCUUUGACUCGAUGGAGCAGCUUGCAGCUGGCCUCGGCAACGACGCCGCCCUCGUCCGUAUUGCUCGCCUCCGUGAGCUGCAGCAAACCCGCGCCCGCGACUUUGUCACCGAACACACUUACUCGGCGGUGAGCUCGGCAGCGGCGCCACGGGCCGAGCUCGUUUCAUCGUCAACCAUCUCCAAGCUCGCCAACGAGCAGGUCCAUCCGCUCGAGCUUGCGCGUCAGCUGACCCGGCGCGCGUUUGCGGCGUACAAGCACAUCACCGCGCCCGAGUUUCUCAAGCAGGCGUGGGCCAAGGACUCGGCCGCCGUCGCCGCACCCAACCUCCUCGCCGCCAUCGACGAGUUCAACAUGACCACUCGGUGGGCGGUGACCCACGUGCUCCGAGGGAGCGACCCACACGAGCGCGCCCACGCCGUCUGCUUCCUCAUCGAUGUCGCCAACAACUGCAUGGUCCUCCGCAACUACGCCACGCUCAUGGCCAUUCUCUCGGCGCUCGGCUCUGUUGCGCUCUCGCGGCUCUCGUCGACCUUUGCUGCCAUUCCGCAGAGCUACGAGGACAACUACUCGGAGCUCUCCGAGUUUAUGUCCAUGUCGAACAACUCCAAGUCGUACCGCGAGACGCUCAAGCGGGCACCGACGCCGUUCAUCCCAUACCUCGGUGUCUUUCUCCAGGACCUUGUCUUUAUCGACGACGGCAAUGAGAGCAAAGUCGGGCCAACCAAGCUCGUCAACCUCGAGAAAGAGCGCAUGACCGCCGACGUCGUCCAGGCCGUUCUCCGCGGCCGCGCCGAUGACUACCUUCUCAAUCCGGUCUCCACCAUCGAGACCUUUAUCAACAUGCCGGGCACUCUCGACGAGGACGCGCAGUACGCGCGCUCGCUGCAGCUCAAGCCACGCGGCGCAAGACUCGAAGUCGACGCCGAGCCGUUCCUCUCGCGCGAGACCAUGACCCGCAUCACCCACGCGCCACCGGCCGGCUCGCAGCGGCCCUCGUUCGACAUCGGCGACAAUCCCGAGAUGCUUGACAAGCUCUUUGCUGCCAUGACGCUGCGGACCUACGCCGAGGGCGAGUACAUUGUCCGCGAGGGCGAGGUCGGCUCGGAGAUGUUCUUUGUCCGCGACGGCAUCGUCAACGUUGAUCUUGCCGACGGCCGCUCGUUCCCGCUCAACCAGGGCGCAUUCUUUGGCGAGAUCGCGCUCUUCCUCCACCGCAAGCGGACCGCCAGCAUCUGGGCCCAGACCCGGGUCGAGGCGCUCGUCCUCACCAAGGCUGCGUGCGAUGAGGUGCUCACCGAGUUUCCGCACAUGCGCGCCCGGUUCCAAAAGCUCGGCGAGGCGCGCCUCAACUCGGACGGUGAGCCGCCCGAGUGGAUGCAAAAGCUGGCCAAGGAGGCGGCCAAGGCCUCGGACGAGGCUGCCGAAAAGGGCCUCCUCUCUGCCAUGCGUCAGCACCUGCGCAAGCGCACCUUCCGCGCAGGUGAGUACAUCAUCCGCGAGGGCGACUCGGAUGACGCAAACAUGUACUUUAUCUCCAAGGGCAUCGUCGACUUUGAGCUGCCCGACGGCCGGACGUUUCCGGCCAACCAGGGCACCUUCUUUGGCGAGGUCUCGCUCUUCACCUCCAAGCCGCGCUCGGCCUCGGUCCGAGCCCACUCGGACGUCGUGCUCCUCGCACUCUCCAAGGCUGACUGCGAGUCCGUCCUCAAUAAGUUUCCCAAGACCCGCAAAUCGUUCCGCAAGCUCUCGCGAGCCCGUGCCAAGAACGCCAAGGACGCCCGCGCGCUCGUCCCGCCGUGGAUGAAGGAGCUCGCCGAGGCGCUGGCUGCCUCGUCAUCGCACAGCCAGUCGUCAAACCGUCGCUAG